AUGCACAUGAGAGUUCACACUGAAGACAAGCCUUACACCUGCACUGAGUGUGGAAGGAGUUUUGAUCGAAAUGGAUACCUUGAAGUGCACAUGAGAAGUCACACUGGAGAGAAGCCUUUCACCUGUGAACAGUGCGGAGUCAGUUUCACUCAUGUAGGAAACCUUAACAGGCACAUGAAAAUUCACUCUGCAGUGGAGUUUUUUAUCUGCAAACAUUGUGGAAAACUAUUCAAUAGAAAAGCAAACCUUAAUGACCACAGGAGAGUUCACACUGGGGAGAGCCCUUUCACUUGUCAACUGUGUGGAAAGAGUUUUACUGUAAAGGUAAACCUUAACAAGCACAUGAGAAUUCACACUGGAGACAAGUGUUACACCUGCCCUGAGUGUGGAAAGAAUUUCGAUCAACAUGAAUACCUUAAAGCGCAUAUGAGAAUUCACACUAGAGAGGGUCAUUUUAUCUGCCAACAGUGUGGAAUGAGCUUUAAUAAAAAAGGAUUCUUUAAUAGACACAUGAGAAUUCACACUGGAGCUGACCAUUAUGUGUGCCGUCAAUGUGGAAAAGGUUUCAACCGAAAAGGAAAAUUUACCAGGCACAUGAAAACUCACACUGGAAAAAAAGGUUAUCUAUGCCCUCAGUGUGGAGAGACUUUCGAUGAACAUGGAAGCCUUAAAGCCCACAUUGGAGUUCACACUGGAGAGAAUCCCUUUACCUGCCAACAGUGUGGAAAAAGUUUUACUCAAAAAGGAAACCUUAACAAGCACAUUAGAAAAUUAUGCUGCAAAUAUUCAACACAAACUUGA